GGGAUGAACCUCAACAACCGGGUUCUUUGUUGCAUUUCAAGUAGUAGCGGCGAUGGAGGGGGAUUUGCUGGACACACUGGAGGCCUUGGGGUACCAAGGCUCGCUUUUGCAGGAAGCCAAGUUGGAUGAAGCAUUGAAUACGGGCUUGAAAUCCCCUGAAUAUUGUCAACUCCUGUGCUGGCUCAGCUCUAGGAUUAAGUUGCUCUGUGACUUGGAAGAGAGUGUGAGCUCAGCAGGUGAAGAUUUGGAAAGCAUUCAGUUGGAAGUUAGUGGGUUCUUGAAGGAACUAUGUUGUCCUUAUCCUACACUUGUUUCUGGAGAUAUCAAAGACAGACUGCAAAACAGGAGUGACUGUGUUCAGCUUCUUUUAUUCUUAGGUACGGAGCUCCAAUCUCUGCAAAUCGUGGAAAUCAAAAAGCAAAAAGAACCAGAUCCAGAUGAUGCAGCUUAUCAAGAACUAAAAGCCAUUUGUCACGCUCUCCGCCUCCCAGAACAGUCGUCUUCAGACGUCACUUCAAUGUUAAAAAGUGUGGAAGAAAAGAUAACAGAGGUUCUGAAACAGGUGCCACAGAGUAUUCGGAGACAACCACUCCUCAGUGUUGCUUUAACCACAGAACAACUGGAGCGCCUUGCAAAAAUUAAUGCAGCUCUCUCCAAUGAGUAUGAGUGUCGUCGCAGAAUGUUAAUAAAACGUCUUGAUGUAACGGUGCAGUCGUUUGGCUGGUCGGACAAAGCACAGGCUAAAACAGAUGAGAUUGCUCGAGCUUAUCAGCCGACUCGUUACACUCUAUCGACUAAAUCAACAGUUUCUCUGUCACACCUCCUUGCAGCCCGUGAAGAUCUUUCAAGAAUUAUCCGUACCAGCAGUGGUCUUAGUCGUGAGAAAACAAAGUGCGCAGUUAAUAAGGUUCUGAUGGGAAGAGUACCUGACCGAGGGGGAAGACCUGAUGAGAUUGACCCCCCACCACCAGAAAUGCCUCCCUGGCAGAAGAGAAAAGAUGAUGGAGGGAGAGGAGGGUGGCGAGGAGGUGGCUUUGGCAGAGGGGGUGGUUUUGGAGGAGGAAGAGGAGGCUUUAAUCAAGGAGGAAGGGGUGGGGGAGGAUACCAAGGCCGAGGAGGAUAUAGUGGAGGAAGAGGUGGAUACUCAAGGUAUUGAAUGGACAUGAUCGCCGGUCACUAAUUAACCACUGGUUUGUAGAAUUUGUGUGUUUAGCAGGAUAUGUGUCUGCAUGAAUUAGGUCUGAACAGAACUUGUUUUUUUACUAUCAUGAAAUAAAAGUAAAAAUCUUAGUUUUGGAAGACGUUAACUCAAGACAGUCUAUAGAAGUCACCUGCAUAUGAACAGCUUGAUUUUGUAAUGGGAUUAUAAUCUAUUUCACCCCUUCAUACCUGCUCUGUGAGAUAGAUUUAAAGGGACAGUCUAGUAUAAAUUAAACUUUCAUUAUUCAGAUAGGACUUUUAAUUUUAAUCAACUUUUCAAUUUACUUUUAUCAUCAAAUUUGCUUUUUUCUCUUGGUAUUCUUAGUUUAAACUAAACCUAGGUAGGCUCAUAUGCUAAUUUCUAAGCCUUUGAGGGCUGCCUCUUAUCACAUGCUUUUUAAAUCUCUUCAACACAGAGACAGAAAGUACACGUGGGCCAUAUAGAUAACACUGUGUUCAGGCACAGGGGGUUAUUUAAGAUCUAGCACAACACCAUGCUAAAUGCAAGACAAUAGAUAAUAAACAGUCACAGUCAUGUGAUCAGGGGGCUGGAAGAAGGUUCCUAGAUACAAGGUAAUCACAGAGGUAAAAAGUAUAUUAAUAUAACUGUUGGUUAUGCAAAACUGGGGAAUGGGUAAUAAAGGGAUUAUCUUUCUUUUAAACAAUAACAAUUCUAUGGUAGACUGUCCCUUUAAUUUCACUUAACUAAAAGGUUUUAAUACAUUUGUUGUGGUAAGACAGAAUUUUUUUUUUUUAUUUUAAAAACAGCUGAUUUUCUUUUAUAUCAAGGCUUACAAGAAUUGCUCAGGACAUUCAUGACAUGAGGACUACAUAAUAAUUGUAACUUCAGGAUUUUGUGAACUGGGUUAUCAACUGCACAGAUUUAUAAUCAUAUAAAUUAAAAAAAUUUUUUUUUGAUAUUAAAUAUUGUUUUAUAAGUUAUAAAGCUUCUAAAUGUAGUGUGGUCAGCCUAUGUUUUAGCUGCCGUGCACUAAUUUUUAGAACAUAAUUUAUCAAAUGAUAUUUCUGAAAAUUGUUAAAGUGUUUAGGGUGGUGUCUUAAGUUGAGUUUAUUUAGCUAGCUUUAACUUACUGUAAUAUUUGUUUCCCUCUUCUUUGUUAGUAUGCCUACCACAAAUGAAGCAAAAACAAAUUGUUGUAAACUUUAUUAUCAGUAUGCCUGAUUAUUGUGUUUAAAGUCACUGACACCAAGUCCCCCUGUGUUAAAUAGGCAGAAAAAAAAGUUGUUUAAACUUGUGAAUUUUAUAAAAAAAAAAGAAUAUUAAAAUGAUACAUAAUCUUGUAUAGUUUAAACAUAAAGCUGUACUUUAUUUUGUAUAUGUGUGAGUGUAAGGUUGUUGACUUUAAAGAAGAAAAACGAGCAAUAAAAAGUCCAGUAGAACUUA